UUAUCUUGUCACGGGUACGCAGAAUUUUCACUUGUUUUUAUAAAUAUUGUACAUUACUUCAGAUAUCUCAAUCAUAGUGAAAAAAUAUCCUCCAUGCUAAAGGAUUCCCCAUUUCGUAUGACAUUUAGUGAAUAUAUCUAAAAUUUCAUUGUGUUAAGUAUUAUUCUUACUAAAAAACUUGUGCCAAUUUUGUUAACUUUACCAACAUGCGCGAGUGUUUGAAGUAAAAGAACAUGGCGCCCAAACAUGACUGGUCAUGACGGAGAAUGAAAGCGAGAGUUUUGAGACAUCGGCCGAAGAAUGACAAGAAGAAGGCUAUAAGCACGGCGGACACGGUCCUGUCAAUCAACGUCAAGAUGUCCCCAGGGCCGGACCAUCGUCAGGAACCGGUUGCACCUGACAAAAGCAACACCGAAAACAGUCGAACAGAAAUCGGCAACGAUUCGGCUAACGAAAGUACUAUACUUGGCAUAACAGAGGCCUUGGUAGUUCAGAAUAUUAAUCUCGAAACGACUGGCACGCGUAUUGAAACGAUCUCUGAGCCUACGAACAGUCAAGGUACAACACCUAACAGCGGCUCUGACAACAAACAGGAAGAACCAGCAACUCUCUCUACUUUGAAUGAAGGUGAAUUGCGUGCCCUACUAGAUGAAGCCAUAACUUAUAAAUGUCCUAAAGAUCGAGAAGGAAAAUCCAACCUAUUCAAGGAACUUUUACAAGAAGCUGAAGCUGAUGAGACCGAAGAAGGUCGUAGGGUAGUGACUAAUUCACGCUGUCUCCCUGGAUCUACUCGCAGAAGGCAUAAACGAGAUUCUGUAUCAGAACGCCUCACACACGGAGGUUCUUUACAGAAUUUGGCACAACCUAUUGCAUCAGAGUUUGAUAGUAGUUUUGCGUAUCUAACAUCUGGUUCUAGCCACACUUACGGAAGUGGCAAGAAAAAGAAUAAGAAAUACACAGGUCCUAGUGUUUCCGCUAGAGAAAGAGAAGGUGGAUCACUACCGUCUAAUGUUAAUGCAUCCCACAGCCUUGCCUCUUUGGCUAACCUUGAUCUCAUAUUUGACAACAAGAAGGGCUUUUCUGAAGAAAGAACAGCAUAUGAUUGGACUAACAAGGAGAAGUCAAAAUCUUUAGAUAAAUCAUCGAGUGUUUCAUCAAAAAAGGAAGAGAAAGAAAAAGAUAAAAAAGAUAGUAAGAGAGAUAGUGUUAGUGGAUUUUAUGAGUCCGAAAGUGAAUUACGUGAGAAGAAAAGUAGUAAAGGAAAAUACGGGACAAAUGAAAUGCUUGAGUCAGAUAAUCCACCACCAGAGUAUAAGUCAGAUUACACAGUUAUUGAUUUAAGUUAUGUUGAGGUAGGUGCUAUUAGCGAACGGAAUGUUGGAUCUACAAUAAGUGGGGUACAGCAAAGACCUCACUCAUUAGACACAGAAGAUGAGGGAAUUGAAAUGAAAAUUAUUGAACCACGUAGACAAUUUAUAGCACGUGCUACUGUUGAUAUAGCUCAAACUCCUGUAGAUACCACGAUCAAAUUUCCGAUCUGUGAACAUAACGGUAAACAGGAUAAAUCAAAAAUAUCAGUUAGUGCAGAGGUGACAGGUGCUCUUCCGUUUCAAACUUAUAACAGUGCGAAAUGUGUUAUUGGUGGUUCAGGAAACAGUACUAACAAUAGUCAAGGAAAAGGAAUCUCAAGUUUAUGUUCCAUGAUGCCAGCAUCUUGGCAGAUUCAAAAUAAUGCGAUAGAACUUCCAAGAUGUACAACACAGUAUGCCAUAAUGAAAGAUUCGACUAUUUCUGGGGAAAAAAAAUCUCUUGAUGAAAAUGGUAAUGCUGUACAAAGUUAUAAUGCAGAACGAAAGAAACGUGGAAAGAAACACACCCAGGAACCUAAUGUUAUUGUUUAUAAUGCCGAAAGCGUUGUAGGACAUCGUAAUGAGGAUGAUAUUGAUAGUUUACUUAACUUUAUAGAAAGUAAAGAAUCUAAAGGCAAAAAAAAUAAAACUGGUAAUCCUGUUAGAGUGAAAUCUAGUUCUGGAACAAAACCAAGAACAAGAGAAAAGGAUUCUAAAAGAGAACAAUUAACGGCCAAGUUACAAAAAUCCAAUUCUUUGGAAGAAAUAUCAAAAACAAAACUCGAGGACCUCACUACAGAAAAAAGCAUUAGUUCUAGCGGCACUAGCAGUAUCUCCAGUCAACAUAGUACAAUAAAUGUGGCAUUACGUCGUGCAAAACAAAGAAGUACUGGUGAUGCUGCAGUAGACUGUCGUGGUGAUAGACGUUCUUGGGGAACGGAAGAGGGUCAGUCUAUAUAUUGCAAUGAUACUGGAGACGAUUACACUAGCCGUCGAAAUUCAAAUAAGAAAAUUAAUCCAGAACCAGAAACAGAACCUGACUUUCUAAUAGUUACUAAGAAGAAGAAGACUAAAAAACAACGUAGAAGUUCCAGUGGUAGUAGAGCACAAAACCUAUCAACAGCUGGGUCAUAUUUACAAAAUACAAGAGGAUUUUCUAACGAAUAUAGAGCACCACUUUCGCCAGAGCUCAGAAGAAAAUCUGCAAGCAGUAUGCCGCCAAGUGAUAAAUCGGAUAGUAGCGACUUGGACUCAGUCCAUUCAUUACCUGUCACAUCGAAUACUUCGAAACAUAAUUUAUCAAAAACAGCAACCUCUUCCGGAGGAACACCACAAGCAAGUUAUGCGGAUAUAGCUCGAAUGGCCACAAUGAAUAUGUCACAUAAUUCUGUUUUAAAUAUGCCAGUAAUGGUCCCAAGCAUGUUAAACACGGCAUCUUGGCCAAGAGUUCCACCUAAAACUCCCUCGGAACCUGACAAAUUACCUCAAGAUUAUUAUCCAAGUUUGGAUGAGUUACAACACUCUGAUAGGAAGCCAAAACAGCAUGGUUUUGCACAUUCAAAUCAUAUGCAUAAUGUUGGUCUUACUUUUGAAAAACCACCAUCGCCAACUUUAUCUAAGAUUAAGAAUUCAUCAGAUCAAAAGAAGGCAGAAGCUCAGGAAGAGGCAAUUAACAAAAAUAUGCAAGUUUUCAAGUAUGUCCAGGAUAUAGAAAAAAUGCAGCGAAGUUUAACGCAACAAGAAUCAAAACAUAUGAAUUUAAUUAAUUGCAAUCCACAUUCAAAUGAGACACCAAAUGUAAUUCAACCUAAAUUAAAUAAUACACCAGGUUGUAAUCCAUUUGACUCAGAAAACAACAAUCCUAAUUAUACUAAUAAUAAUAAGGAUGUUGUUACGAAUGUAAAAGUAAAUAAUCCUCGAACUAGGAGAAGUUACUCGCAAAGUAAUCAAAAUAUUCAAAAUCAACAAGAAGAAUUACACUACAGGAAAACUGGAUAUCAAGAUGAAAAUGUUAAGAAAAUACAUAACGCAGAUAGUCCCGUUGUAUAUUGUGAAACCAAAGUUAACAUAAUAGGGUCGAUAGAUGAUAAUGAGGCACAAAAACUUAAAGGAUUGAAUAAUCCAAAGUCGGCACAUGAAACACAAAAUGCCGAUGUAGACUCUGUUAAAACACAUAUGAAAAUGGAUAAAAUGAUAAAAAAUGUGAAAGAGCAAUCUGGAAAAUCUGGAAUCGUGAUAUCUUACAAUACAACUAAGCAAGAUAAUCAAGAUGAUAAUGAAAAUAAAAAAACAAAAUCAUUAAUGUCUACUGCAACGGAAAAUGAACAAUCACAAAAGUCCAUAGAAACACAAGGAUCUACAAAGAAGAAUAAUACUUCUUCUAGACCUGCAGUUAUCUUGUUAGACGAGACAUCAGAUUUUAUGAAAGGUAGUGAUUUACCGACAGAGUUAACCUUUGGAUUUGAGAUCAAUGAACAACUUUUACUUUCCGAGGAAUCUGUGGAAACUCCACCUGCCAAUCCUACAUUUCCUUCCUUGGUUCAACCACUUCUUAAUAAACCACCUCCGAAUUUUGACAGGCCUCCUGCUAUCUACGAUAAACAUGUGAGAUACGAUAAAUUUCCUCCAAAUUUUCAUAUGCAAUCGCCUAACGCUCACGUGGCCCAACAACCUGUACAUUCUGUUAUGGUUCCAUCUUUAACAUAUAUUGGAUAUCCAACAAGGUUUCCACCACCAAUGUUUUCACCACCUCCACCACCUCCACCACCUGGUAUCAUAGAGAAAUACAAUCAUCAACCAAAGGAAGAUUUUUCGAUGCUAUAUGUAGCACCUGAAGAAGAUGUGAAUAUACAGAAUUAUAAUCACGACAAAAUUGUCUCAUUUGUUGGAUUAGCGUGGGAUGCUGUUAUGAGAGAGACAGCAGAAACAGGCAGAAUACAAUAUUACAGUGGACAGUGAAAUGGACUCAAUUAUAUAAAUAAAAAUAUACUAUACAGUUUGAUAUGAGUGAACUAUUAUCUACGUAUUAUUAAAUUCGGAAAAGUUAUUUAACUUAAAUACCAGAAAACAUAUUUGAAAAGGUUGAUGUAAUGGAUAGAAAUAUUUCUAAAAUCUGAUCAGGAUUUUGGUAAUCCAAUCAACUGUUGUCUGAAACUGGAUUUCAUUAUUAAUGUUAUACCAGGAAAGCCGAAUGGCGCAGCGUGCCUCAAGAGAUAAUAAUGUAAAUAGGUCAGUUACCAAAAAAAAAGAAAAAGAAAAAAAAAAAAAAAGAAAAAAAAAAGAAAAAAAUGGAGACUGCAAAGGAUACAUUUUUCAUCUGUGUAAAUAAAUUAUGCUUACACAACCUUUUGCAAAAACAUAGCAACAUAUGAAUCAUAAUAUUCAUACAUAAUGCCAUCUUCGACUGGAAGUAAUGAAUUAAUAUAACAAGAAGUGUAUGUUGCUCCUCUCUCAUGAAAAGAAGAUAAUUCUUGCAUUAUUUAAGCCAUAUACAUAUAUAUAUAUAUAUACUAUGGUCGUGCA